AACAAAACUUACAAAAUCACUGACAAAGAUUCUGUCACCUUGCCGUUUGUCCUCAUUGAUGUUAUGGGUUUGGAAAACCAAGAUGAAGAUGGAAUUCAUCCUGAUGACAUCAUUAAUGUGCUGCAUGGCCGUGUCAAAGAAGGCUAUAAAUUUAAUCCUGCUUCUCCGCUGACUGAUGCUGAUCCAAACUACAUACAUGAACCCAGUCUGAAUGACAAAGUUCACUGUUUGGUGAGUGUAGUGAAUGCAAAGAGCAUCUCCUUAAUGGAUAAGGAGAUGAUUCAGAAGAUGCAAACUGUCAGAAAAUCUGCCCUCAGAUUGGGCAUCCCUCAUGUGGUUCUGAUGACAAAAAUUGAUGCUGCUGUCUGCCCACUGGUUACACAGGAUCUAGCUGAGGUUUACAAAAGCAGGAAAAUCAAAGAAAAGAUGCAGUUAUGUAGCCACCGAGUUGGUCCAGCACUGAAAUACAUCUUCCCAGUGAGCAACUAUUAUGAGGAGACUGAAAUGGAUGACAAAAAAGAUGUCCUUAUUCUGUCUGCCUUAAAGGCAAUUGCAGGAUUUGUUAAUGAUUACUUUGAAGAGGGUAACAUCUGAGUAUCUGCUAAAAAGUCCAUUUGGAAAAAAGAAUUGGGAUUUAGGUCUUUAUUAUCAUCAAAUCUUUAUGUAGCUCAUAUAUUAAUCAUGAUUAACUACUUCAACUAUAACUACAAACACAAAGUCAUAAAAUUGUAAUUUGUGACUGGGAUUACUAGUGUAGACUAAUUAAGAGCAUAUUUAAUUGGCUUUUAUUAAAUUUAAGUCUCGCAUCUGCUUAUGCUACAGCUCACUGUUAUUUUGAAUGUUAUUCAUACAUUCAGUGUUUCAGUAUUUGAGAAAAAUGAUAUCUUCUAUUACAUCCUGCUUGAUAACCACUUUUUGUGGACAUUUAAAAAAAACAAUAAUAAUAAUGACUUUAUCAGUGAUGUCAUAUUUAACCAUGAUUAACAAUUUUUUAUCUACUUUUUUCUCUAUAAUAUUUUGUUUAUUUUUUGUAAUGGGGUUUAAAUCUGUGGUUUUUUUCUUAUUCAUUAUUAUAGCAUCACCAAAAUAUGAACAAUUGUGCCAUUAAUGUGUCAUUAAUGUAAACAAACAAAACAGUAGAAAUGUUAUAAAUAAUAAUUAGAGUGAAGACCUGCCAACUCCUGUUUGGUACCUGAUGUCUCCAGCUCCUUCAGCAGUUCAUUUCUACUUGUCUUGAGGUCUAUUGAAAAAGGCCCUGGCUCUCAGAGUAGUAAGGUCUUUUACACAGACAAAGGCAUCACAUCAAUUAAGUCAAUCUGACUGUUUAAACCUGGUGCAUAUUAACAUCUAUUAUUAUUCCCUGGCGUUAGAUUUAAAUACAACUAAUCUUAUUAACAGCUGACAAUUUGUAUAAACUUAAUUAGCUAUCUCUGCUAGCUUGCUAGCUAUGAUUCUGACAGAAUCUGAGGCACUGAGGCACUGAGGUAGUGACCGAGCCGGAUUUAUCUAUUAACAUGUAUUCUAUCUUUAUAUUAUUCUUUAUAAUAACCUUUUGUUCUAUGGUUAUGUUCUGUUCAGCUGCUUUGAGAUGAUGUCAAUUGUAAAAAGCGCUGUACAAAUAAAUUUGAAUUGAAUAGAACAUCUGAUAGAGUGAAAUGGAGCUUAUAAUUGAUUACUUUAAAAGUACUACUGUUGUGAACACAUUCUUUUGCAACUGCAAGAAAGCACAUUUAACAAAAAGGACUGAACUUAAAUAGAACUGAAUAAAAUAAAAGAAUUUUUUCAUGUGAAAA